AUGGUUCGUAUCAUGAAAGAGAUGCUCAGCAAAGUACUAGGCAGAGCCUCUUUAACACUAUUUGAGCUUCAAACAGUUCUUUGCGAUUGCGAAGCAAUCAUAAACAGUAGACCACUGACGUACGUAGGUAACGACGAGAAUGAAGACAGACCGCUCACCCCGUCAAUGUUCAUUCAGCCAAUAAAUGAACAUAGCGUUCCUGACAUCGAUGUCGUUGACAAUAAGUCACUAAAUGUGAGAGCUCGAUAUUGCCAAAGAAUUCGUGAAGAUCUGAGGCGACAUUUUCGCAACGAGUAUGUCGCCUACUUAAUUCACAAGGGGAAACAACAUCGUGCUACAGAAGUACAAGUAGGAGACAUUGUUCUAGUAGAGCAGGAAAAUCAAAAGCGUAUCUUGUGGCCUCUUGCUCGCGUAACUGAGAUUUAUACAGGUGCAGAUGGCCACAGCAGGGUGACAAAGGUUCGUACCGCCUCCGGAGAGAAGGUACGGCCAUUACAACGUCUUUUCCCAUUAGACAUCCACUAUCAUAUACCUGAAUCCCUGCCUGUUCCUCUUGUAACAACGCUGACGCCUGACCCCAAUGUACCUGAGACUUCAACACCGAGCCGACUACCGAAAAAGAGUAUGACUCUCUCUGGCCGUGCAUCACGGCCACCUGACGGGUUCACUUUUAAAUAG